CAUCUUUUUAGACCUUAUUUAAUUUGGUGUAAAUAUGUACAUUAGGGUGUUCCUUAUUUCACAAGUUUUUUGCAAACUGCUCCGAAGUUUUCGUUUUUGCGCUGAAAAAGGAUCCAAUGUUAACAAGUUUUCAUUUUCAAUAUAAAAAAUUUCCCAGUCAUAUUUUUUCCCAUGUGUGUGUAUAACAUUUAAUUUCUCAACAUUACAACACUGUAUUCUGGUACAAAACUUUCCGCUCUAUAAAAAGUACUUCAAAAGUUUUCAAGUUUUACAGCUUAUUUAGCUCGAACGACCUUUUUACGGCAAAACCUGGAACUACGGAGGUGUUUUCAGAAAACAAAUCAUCUUGUGAAAUAAAGCACACCCUAGUGCUCUCAUAUAGAUUCAAAAUUGUUGUUUUAAUUCUGAGUAAAAGUAAGUGAUAAGAAUAUAAACAAGGUUCUCAUACUUAUAUGCAAGUAUAUAUGUAUAAGUAUAAAUUUGUUCAUGUAUAAAAAUUUGGCUCAAAUCCAAUGAACUUCUCUUAUUUUUGUCGAAGUGUAUGCAAAAAUAUGUAGCUUUGUUUGUUACUUAAAGACUUUCAAGUCGUGUCCCGAUUUCGCAUAUAAAUACCCCACGUAAGCUUCCUACGCAUUCAGUGUGCAGCGGAACUUGAGAGAUCGCUUUCAGUAAAACGCAAAAAGUGAAAAUGUUUAAGCGCAGUUCCUACCUUGUAAUCAUCUUACUCUUGCUAAUACAGCUUAUUUCAUGCUUACCGAGAUCAUCUUCCACCGAUGCAGUGGAUUCCAUUUUACCUAGAACAACAACGAUAACUCCAUCAGUAGGUGAAAAUGCUGUGCAAAGCGGUCUCAACAGCUUUAAAGAGGUGGUCCGCAAGAACUUAAUAAAUUGUGUAAACUUUGAGCUACAACGAACCAAUCAAAUAGCCGAAGACGUGCUCGCUGAUCCUUCUAUGUAUAGUAUUGAUAGUGAAGCCAUGCAGAAAGAGUUAAGUGUACUCAGAAAGUAUGUGACAGACUCUAAGGAAGUUUUAAAUAAGUCUCUGCUUGCCCACCAGUUUCGUCCGAAUACUUUUGUCUCGUUUUCAUACGAUGUACGAAACAUAGGUCUCCGCUUCGAGAGAUUUCAUUGGUCACAUGGUUCUAAAUUCGAACCACUUACACCGGAAGAGCAGGUAACAUGGGAUGCUUUAAAAAAACAUGGCUUUUUGGAAUAUGAUGAAGAGAUGCGUAAACGUGUUGACGAAUACCAAAGCAACAUGGUAGACAAAUUCGAAAAAUAUGUGAAAACACUCUCAGCUGCCGAAAAGGAGAAGGAUAAGGAUAUGAAAGAUAUGAUGGCGGCAUGGAAUGCAUACACAAAGAAUGAGACUAGUAAAACUAGGUUUGUGCAAAGAUUGCUUGAAAUAAAUUUGAGACCGUAGAAACACUGUUUUUGG